AGUGUCUUGGUAAUUGCUUGGAUUGGAUUCUGCUUUUACCGCACGCUUUUCUACCAUUUUCUCUUCAAAAACUCUCUUAUUAUUAUAUCUUUCUCUUUCCCAUUCAAUCCUCUUUCUGGGUAUCCAAACUCCUCCAUUUUUAUUAUAUAGUAAACUAUUUUCAAUAUUCCUUUCUGCUUCUCUUUUCUUUUCUUUUCUUUUUUCUCUUCACAGCUCAACUAUCCCACAAUUUUCACUGAUAAGUCUCUCUUCUCUCUUCAUCUUUAAGUAUCUCUUCAUUUUGAAGUAUAUAUUUAUAUAUAUAUUUCUUUAUAUUCUUUUUUGGUUGCUGUAAGUGCAUAUCCAUAUCAUCAAUCUGAUCUGUUAAUUUCUUCCCUUUUCCUUUGAAAGAUCUGAUUCCCGUUUGUGAUGUAAAUGAUAAUUUACUUGUUCACAAGAACUGCUAAACAUGACAAGAAUUUUAAGCUUCAGCUUUAAUAACUCCUCUGAGGUUUGUUUCAUGGGCUUUUCCCCAUGGGGAAGCUGUUGUUUAUGAGUUAUAGCCUUGUCAGCUUGAUUUCAGGACUAGUGUUUUUGUGGGUAUAUAUGAAGUGAGAAACUUCUUCAGUAUUUUCCUGUACGAGAGCAUUAAUUCAAGUUAAGUGGUCGAGGUCGACGAUUAGUAACGAAUCUCCAGCUUCUGGAUCCUCUCUUAAAGAAAAUUUCUCCAACUUUAUUUCUUGAAAGCUCAACCAGUUUGAGCUAAUUAGAAAGAUUUUGUUGAAUUCUUCGGUGGAUCUUGUUGGUCUCUCUAUUGUUAGAAAGCAAGCUUAGUUUCUUGUUCACAGCAUAAAUUAAACGAGAAUCAGAUCGGUUGAGAAGAGAAAGCUGGCAAAUAAGUGGUGGGAGAGAGUAGAUGUGGCGAUGGCGGGGUAUCAGCCAACAGCAACAGGUGCAGGUUCUCGCUAUGUUCACCAACUCCUCAGACCCGAGCUGCAUCUUCAAAGACCUUCAAUUCCUGGCCAACUAUCCCCGGAUUCUAAGGACAACACCUCACCUCAAGCCAAAGACCACAAGGAUGCUGACACCGACGCCGCCGCCACCAGCUCUGGAAGCAAUCGCCGCCCUCGAGGCCGCCCUCCUGGCUCCAAGAAUAAACCCAGGCCCCCGAUUAUUGUAACGCGCGACAGCCCCAAUGCCCUCCGAUCCCACGUGCUGGAGAUUUCCGCUGGCAGCGACAUCAUGGAGAGCGUGUCCAAUUAUGCGAGGAAGAGAGGAAGAGGAGUCUGUGUACUCAGCGGCAACGGGACAGUUGCCAACGUUACACUGAAGCAACCAGCGUCUCCUGCAGGGAGUGUGGUGACUUUGCACGGUAGGUUCGAGAUUCUUUCCCUCUCUGGAACUGUGCUUCCUCCACCAGCGCCGCCUGGGGCAGGAGGGUUGUCUAUAUUCUUGUCUGGUGGACAGGGGCAGGUUGUUGGAGGAAGUGUUAUAGGACCCUUGGUGGCUUCUGGGCCGGUGAUUUUGAUGGCUGCAUCGUUUGCAAACGCUGUGUUUGAGCGAUUGCCUUUGGAUGAGGAGGAGGGAAAUGUUCAAGUUCAGUCCACGGCUUCACAAUCUUCAGGUGUGACAGGAAGUGUUGGGGCUGGGCAACUGGGUGAUGGUGUAGGAGGAGGCAGCGGUAGUGGGAGCGGCAGCGGAGGUGCUUUUUUUAACAUCGGAGGGAAUGUGGGGAAUUAUCCGUUUUCAGGUGAUUUGUUUGGAUGGGGUGGCAGUGGUGCAAGGCCACCAUUUUAAAUAGAAAACCAUUAUCAGAAUAUAUCAUUUUGUAUGAUAAAAAUUUAUGGGUAUGAUGGAGAUGAGAUCUUUCUUCUCAUUAAUUCAUUGACAUGAGAAAAAAGAAGGGUCUGAAAACUGAAGAUGUAUAUUCAUGGAGGCUGCUUUCAAUACUUGGUUUUGCAUCUGCUAGCUAGCAAUGGAAUUUGCAGACUUGUCUGUCAAGGUUAGUAUGUUCAAUUUCAUGUAUAAAACCAUCUGGUUUCCCCUUUUUCUUUUCCUUUCUAAUAUAUUUUUUCUAGUUUAAUAAUUGCUAGUUGCAAUUUGAGGCUACAUAUUUUAUGAUGCUCAACUCCCUACCUAGCUAGGGUUUAUAUAUUAAUAUAUGUUUCCAUUUCCUGGGCAGAA